AGAAAGCAAGGAAUUAGCUGACUUGGCUCGGAUCCAUCCCACUGGCUGUGCCACCAAUGGCCUCAAUCCCAACCUCAUGGUGACGGGGGGCCCUGCCCUGACUGGCUCUGGGCGUUGGUCCACCGACCCUGCUUCCCACCUGGCCGCACACCCGUGGUUACCCCGGACUGGUAGCCCUUCUAUGUGGUUAGCGGGCCAUCCCUAUGGCUUAGGCCACCCUUCCCUGCACCAGGGCAUGACUCCGGCUUUCCCUCCUGGGAUGGGGGGUUCUAUUCCUUCUUCCGCUUAUCAGUUUGCCAGAGACCCCCAGUCGGGACAGCUGGUCGUGAUCCCCAGUGAACACUUGCCCCAUUUUGGUAAGUAAGGCCCCUGGGGAUGGAGCAAGCCCGUGGGGGCCCGUGGUAGAGACGGGAUUGCAGCUUUACCUACCCUGGGCCAUUCCCUAGAGACGGGAGGUCCUGGGUCUAAAUCCGACACUUCCUAGCUGGGUGACCCUGAACAAGUCACUUCAUCC